GAACUGAUUUCAGCUAGUUGAGCUAACAUCCUAAUUUGGGGAUGAACAACAGCGGCAUGAUGAUGAUGCCGGCGGGAGGCGGCGGCGGAGGCGGUAGAGGAGGCGGAGGCCGGUCGUGGCCAUCGACGACGUCGGUGUCGUCUUCCGGUAAGAGAAUUCAGAAGGAGAUGUCGGAAUUGAGCUCCGAUCCUCCGCCUGACUGCUCCGCCGGCCCCAAGGGAGACAAUCUCUACCAUUGGGUCGCCACUCUCUUUGGUCCUCCCGGGACACCUUACGAAGGGGGAAUAUAUUUCCUUGAUAUAACUUUCCCUAGUGAUUACCCAUUUAAGCCUCCCAAGGUUGUUUUCAAAACCAGAAUCUACCACUGCAAUGUCGGUUCUACUGGGGAUGUUAGUUUGGACAUCUUGAAAGACGGGUGGAGCCCUGCUCUAACGAUCUCAAAAGUGCUGGUUGCGCUCAGAUCAAUAUUCACAAACCCCGAUCCAUAUAAACCACUUGUUCCUGGUGUCGCACGUCUAUACUUAGCUGAUAGGGUGAAGCAUGACGAAGUGGCUGCAGAGUGGACUCUGCGGUUUGCAAGAUAACGCGUUGUAACUCGAGAGAAACGAAUCUAAUGGAGCAGGUGCUCUCUGUGAAGGAAAAAAGGAGCCAAGUUGUUGGAAAGACUAGUUUGUGCAGCAUGUUUAAUUGAUGGUCUCUCUAUAUUUGUGGUAAUUAUUGGAUAAAACAUUAGUGCUAAGAAUAUUCUUCUUGUGAA